CCCAGUGCUCCUGGGUUGCCUCGUCUUCUUUGGGCCUCAGUUUCCCUAUGCAAAACCGAGGACGAAUGUGUGGGGGCAGGUGGUCCCUAAGUCGGUGAGGGCUGGAGGACUCUACGGAGCCUCAGGGGGCUUAGUCCUGCCUGGCCAAUUUCCAGCCGUUGGAGCCGGGGCAAGUUGAGAUCUCUUUCCGGGCCUCAAUCUCCCCUUCCAGACCCUCAGGCCAACUGAUGGGGCGAGGAGUCCCUCCCCGUAGUAGAAACCUGAGCUGAGUAGUAACUCCCUGACGCCGGGGACUUGGGGGUCCCGCCGCCCCUGGGUCCCCUGCCCAGGCCCAGGGCGGGGCUCAGAGGAGCCGCUGAUCUCGAACGAGGGAAGAAAGGCGGCGCUGGACAAGGAAGGGCAAGGGCCUGGCCCCAACCUCUUCCCUACAGCCCACACACACCCCCGCAGGUGCUCUGGGAGGAAGGCGCCCCAGGCCCGAGCCCCAGGCCCACGCCCCAGGCCCGCGACCCCGCCGCAGAUGGGACGCCAAGGCCUGGAGCGGGAUCCCGGGGGCGCCGCCGUCCCCCCUCCCGCCCCCACCCCGAGCAGGAACAAAGGCGGAGGUGGGACCCAAAGGCGGCCUGACUCCGCGGGGCGGGGCGGGGCGGGCCCGCUGCCUCCUUAAAGCCGGGCUGCAGGCGUGGCGCGCGCACCACUGGCUCCCGCUCUGGUCGUGCACCGGACCUCCCUGCGGGCCUCGGUCUUCUUUCGGUGUCCGCGCGCUCGCGCGCAGGUCUCCACGGGCCGGCCCCACAGCGGCGCCGCUUUCCCACCGAGAAUGGGGCUGCCUCGGAGGGCAGGGAACCCGGCGGAGCUGCGCAAGAGCCUGAAGCCGCUGCUGGAGAAGCGGCGCCGCGCACGCAUCAAUGAGAGCCUGAGCCAGCUCAAGGGGCUCAUUCUGCCGCUGCUGGGCAGGGAGAGCUCCCGCUAUUCUAAGCUGGAGAAAGCGGACAUCCUGGAAAUGACCGUGCGCUUCCUGCAGGAGUUGCCUGCGUCCUCCGGCCCGACGGCGGCGCCCACACCCUCCGACAGCUACCGCGAGGGCUACCGAGCCUGCCUGGCGCGCCUGGCUCGCGUGCUACCCACCUGCCGCUUUCUGGAGCCUGCGGUGAGCGCUCGCCUGCUGGAACACCUGCGCCGGAGGGCGGCCAGCGCCACCUCCGACGGCGGGCGCUCUGGGGACCCUUGCGGCCCGCCAGCGCCCUCCCCGCCGCCCGCCCCCUCGCCCUCACCACCCGAACCUCCCCGGAACUCGGGUCUCUGGAGGCCCUGGUAGCCCCCUGGGCCGUUCUACGGACCUUGCUGACUGCGUGGGACCAGGGGCGCUGGACAGACUCAGGAAGCUCUUGGAGGCGGCUCCCGUUCCCACCACGAGGGACCAGCCUGGUACUUACAACCGGGGCAGAUCCGGAUGUCUGUGAUCUGUGCUGGCAGACUGAAGUCCACCGGGACCCAGGAAAUAAGGGGAGAGGCCCAGGUUCAGCCCUAGUGUGGGACGUCUGGGCUGGAAAAAGCCUCCUGCCUCAGCAGGCGGAAGGGCUUGGGAGCUGGACCAGUCACAGCUGCCCCCAAAGCCCACACACCUGCCCCAGUGCUGGCAGCAGCCCAGGGGCUGGGCCAGGAGCUCACCUGAGCCAGGUGCAGCCAUCUGCUCUGACUGGUCAUGCUCUCCCAGCCCCGCAUGAGUCUGCCUCCUUGCCAACAUCCUGGGAACCUCUGGGCAAGCGGCAGCAGUGGCCUGAAGGGCUCUGCGGGCGGGGGAGCCUUGACCUCCACUCCUGGCUUCCUGCCUAAAGCUUCCAGUUAAUUAUAGGGACAGGAUGCCCCCAGGGCUGUGUGCCUAGAGGUGGGGGCUUCCUUAGGUAGGCUCAGGAAGGAUUUAUUCCCUCAAGCACUAAGUUAGCACCUGUGUACUGCACACCAAGCCCGGUGGUCUUGGGGUGUGAAGAGGGAUACUACAAGAGUGAGGAUGCCCUGUGGCCUGGAGGAAGCUUGCUGCCUUGAAGAGCCCGUGCUGAUGCGGUUAGCCUGGGGCAGCAGAAACUCAGAGGAUGACAUGGCAGGUUGAGGAACAGGAGUCCACUUUUCUCAUUUUCUCUUUUGAACUGCUCUCUGCUACUGUCAGGACAGAUAAGUGGAAGCAACUUGUUCUUAAGACUUUUCUGGCUUCCCCAUGAAAGCCAGUGAGACUUUGAAGGUCCGGAGGGGAGGGGGUGCUGUGGAUCCCAGCAGCGGGUGCCAGAUAAUCACCUGUUCCCCCCCAACUCAGUCAUGUUCUCAGCAUCUCCUGGGGCUUCACGGAGCAUUUAUGGGAGAUGGGGAGUCCUCACUCCCCAUGCCCAGUUCCCAGUCCAACCAGCCUGUGUGAGGGACUGGGGCACUGGGGCAAGAAGAUAGAGCUGAUUGGGGCGGGGGGGGUGUAGUCAUUAAACUGGGCUAUAUGUCACAUAAAUCCGUGAUGACCUAGGCACUGACUCCAGUGGCAGGUUUGGGGAAGCUGCGGGCAUCACUGAAGAAGUCAAUGUUAAGACAGGAGGGUGAGCUCCUGGCAAGGUGGGCUGUCCUACCACCUGUCUGGGCCAGCUGUCUGGACUGUAUGCUCCUGGAGGGCAGGGCUGGGGCCAAGUGUGCCUCUUUGUCCCCAGGGAACUUGGCACGUGGCGGGUGCUCAAUAAACAUAGUGAGCUAAUAAACAGGUGAUGUGACUGGUCCAUGCUCUAUGGAACCCC